AUGGGGUGGGCUUCCUGCUGCUGGUCGGACGGGGCUGAACCUGGUAGGAGGAAGAAGAAGGACACGACGUGGCGGAUCUUCUCACUGAAGGAGCUUCAGUCGGCGACGAACAAUUUCAAUUAUGAUAACAAGCUCGGCGAGGGUGGGUUUGGCAGUGUGUAUUGGGGCCAGCUCUGGGAUGGGUCACAGAUUGCCGUGAAGAGGCUCAAGAGUUGGAGCAACAAAGCUGAAAAAGAAUUUGCUGUCGAGGUGGAGAUUUUGGCACGAGUGAGGCACAAGAGCCUUUUAAGCUUGCGCGGAUAUUGUGCUGAAGGCCAGGAACGCUUGAUAGUCUAUGAUUAUAUGCAAAACCUGAGCAUACACUCUCAACUUCAUGGACAGCACGCAGCAGAGUGCAAUCUCAGUUGGGAAAGAAGAAUAAAGAUCGCCGUUGAUUCUGCAGAAGGGAUCGCUUAUCUGCAUCACUAUGCGACGCCGCAUAUCAUUCAUAGAGACGUCAAGGCGAGCAAUGUUCUCCUGGAUUCGAAUUUCCAAGCUCGGGUUGCUGACUUUGGGUUUGCCAAGCUAAUUCCAGAUGGUGCAACGCAUGUCACCACAAAGGUGAAAGGCACACUCGGUUAUCUCGCACCAGAGUAUGCAAUGCUUGGGAAGGCCUCUGAAAGCUGCGAUGUCUUCAGUUUCGGAAUUAUGCUCCUAGAGCUUGCCAGCGGGAAGAAGCCAGUUGAGAAGCUUAACCCCACCACGAAGAAAACCAUAACUGAGUGGGCUCUUCCUCUAGCUCGUGACAAAAGGUUCAAGGAAAUUGCUGAUCCAAAGCUCAAGGAUAGCUUCGUCGAGGAUGAGCUGAAGCGAAUGGUGCUUGUUGGGCUCGCCUGUUCUCAGGACAAACCAGAGCAGAGACCCAUAAUGUCUGAAGUCGUUGAGCUGCUCAAGGGAGAAUCUACUGAGAAGCUUUCCAACCUGGAGAACGAUGAUCUGUUCAAGCCUGAUAGCUCAUUUCAGAGCUCAUCCGGACCUGAUAGCUCAGAUUGCGUCACCGAGGAGAGGAGUCCCAAAGCUGAUGCGAUAGAGGCAGUUGAUUCAAGUGAGACAGUUCCCUCAGCAAGGUAG